AUGUUUAAUCUACUAAAAGGUUUUGAUGCUCAGGCCACACCAAACCACAUCAACCCCUAUGCUGUGGAUGUAAUCCGGGCAAAGAAAAUGGAUCUAGUUCAUGGGAUCUCACAUACCGAGGAUCUACUGGAUCAUCUCGUCACAGAGGGAGUCAUGACAGCAGCCAAGAAAUCCAUAGUUUUGACCAUCAGGACGCGCCAGGAUCAAAACAGCAGGGUCCUGGACAUCCUGGAGGCCAGAGGUGAAAGGGCAUGUCGGAAAUUCUUCCAUCCGUGUCUGAUGCUGGCAGAACCCAAGCUUUAUCAGGAAAUCAAGACCUAUCUCAGUGAUGUGAAUGGGCAUAUCCGAGACACAAGGAGACAGCUGAUUGGAUAUUUGCUGGAGAGAGACCAGGAGGGGAUAGAUAAAAUUACUAAACCUAAGAAAUCUCUCCCUGAAAAGGAAGACAGGAGCACUGUGCCACUUUUAACACCAGAGGAGCAUGAACCAGCACAAAGUAGAGCAGAAAAUUUUAUCCACAUGAUUGCUACAGAUGGGGAGGUAAUACUGCUAGAGGAGCUGUUAGAAAACACUGAUAUUAACACUGUGAAUUCCUCAAAUGAGACUCUAUUACAUGUAGCCGCUCAGUACGGUCACCUGUCCAUCAUUGAGCUCUUGAUCCGUAAAGGAGCCAGACUGGACCUGCAGGAUAAUAAGGGUCACACCGCUCUUCAUAGGGCAGCCAGCAGGGGUCACACUGAGAUAGUCAGAGCCCUCGUCCAGGCUGGGGCCCCCAUCUACACUCUGGAUCUACAAGGCAAAACCUCUGUUCACCUGGCAGCGGAGAAUGAACACCUGCAUCCUGUCAAAGUCCUGGUGAAGGAGGAGGCCAAGCAGUCUGAGAGCCACACAAGGGAUAUGUUUCUACACUCAGCAGCUGUGGAAGAUAACUGGAGGCUGGCUGAGAUAUUGCUGCAGAGUGGGGCUGAUGUUGAUGCCAGAAACAACCACAAAAAAACUGCUCUGUUUUAUGCAGUUUCCAGAAACAAUGUGAAGACAGUGACCGUCCUACUAAACGCAGGGGCUAAAGUUGACUAUGAUGUUAUAAAUGAAGCUAUUAAGCUCAAUGAAGAAUCAAUUCUCCAUCUGCUGCUUGAUAAUGCCAGAGGAUCUCUCCGUGAAGAAACACUUUUCUCAGCUGUUCAACAGAACCACGAUGGAGUGGUAGCUGCUCUCAUAGACAGCGGGGCGGAUGUGAACAUGUCAGACAAACAGGGCUACACUCCUCUCCUAUUGUCAGCUGCACUGGGGCACGCUGAAGUCUUCAGAGUACUAGUAGCAAAACAGGCCAAACUGGAUGCUACUUUAUCCGACCUCUCCUCAGCGUUGCACCUGGCUGUCCAAAGCGGUAGUGUGUCUAUAGUGCAAACAUUGCUGGAAAGGGGAUUAGACCCGAACAUUACUGGACCGAAAGCCCAAACCCCUUUACACUUUGCAGCUCAGUGCAAUAGGCCGGAAAUGGUUGAUGUGUUGUUAAGAGCUGGAGCAAAGGUGAAUGCAGUAGCCCAGGAUGGGUUGACCCCUCUGCAUAUAGCCAGUCAGCAGGGCCAUGCGGAUUCAGUAACCCAGCUUCUUCAAGGCAAGGCAGACCCAAGUAUCAAAGACAGACUAGGGAGGACAGCCUUGCACUGGGCGGCCUCUUCCAAGGGAGAGGGCCGUGUGGUAGACUUGCUGCUCUCGGCCAAAGCCAACCCAAACGCCACUGAUAACGAGAAAAAAGUUGCCCUUCACCUGGCUGCCAUGGAGGGGAAAGUAGACGUGGUGACUUCACUAAUGUCCCACAAAGCUAAGGGAGGGGCUAAAGACAUGGAUGGCUCCACACCUCUUCAUUACGCAGCAGCUGGUGGGCAUGCCAACGUGGUUUCAGCACUUCUACGGCUACUCAACAACAAGGGGGUAGACGAGAGGAAUACAUGGAGGAAAACGCCACUUCACGCAGCCGCUGAGAAGGGCCACGAUAGCGUGGUGGUGCUGCUCCUGGAGGCCGGGGCAAAGAUCAACAAUACAGAUCAGGGUAAAGACACUCCUCUGCACUGUGCUGCACGAGGUGGACACCAGGAGGUAGUAAAGAGGCUUGUAAACUGGGGCCAUGGUGGGCACAUGGGACGACAGAAGAAGGCAAAUCUGCAGGCUACCAAUAACGUGGACAAGACGCCACUGCAGGUGGCAGAGAGUGGAGACACGCCACAGCAUGAGGAGAUCGUAACUUUACUCAUGAGAAAAAUGUUUCUUAUCAAAUAA